AUGGACAUGGUUACCGUUGUUCAAAACUUGGUUGGAUUAAAACUUCAAUUCUCGCAAGCCAUUACCAUCACAUCUAAGCAUCCCCUGGGACCCUUGCUCCCUAGGUUUGGCCAGAGAAUAUUUUAUGAUGCUGGGAUUAAUAAGGAAGCCACUGUCCAUGAUAAAAUUCACAACAACCAAUGGGCCUUCCUUAUCACUCAGACUAUUGAACUCAAUGAGGUCAGAGUUGAAUUGCAUAAGGUGACUUUCAACCCUACUGCUAAGGAUUCAUGCAAGUGGACACUCAACACUUCUGGGGAAUUCACUAUCUCAUCCCUAUGGGACAACCUUAGAACCCACUUACCCAUAGUUGCAUGGCAUAAAGUUUUGCGGUUUCCUGGACAUAUCUCAAGGGGUAGCCUAAUCACUUGGAUGGCCCUUUUGCAUAGGUUAAACACUGGGGAUAGGCUUGUUAUGUUUGGCCUCAAAUUCUUAUCCCAAUGCACAUUUUGCCACGCUAUAGAGAACCAUGCCCAUCUCUUUUUUGAUUGCUCAAUGGCCACCCAAACCAUGACCUUAUUGUCCCCUCAGACCCCCCACAUGAAUGGUCAUCAGGCUUGGCAGCCUUGGGUGGACUGCCUUUCUAACUUGAGAGGUAAAUCUUUGGCCAACAUCAUUGCAAAACUGGUGUUCACAGUGUAUGUACAUCAUAUUCGGUUGGAAAGGAACCAUAGAAAGUUUCAGAAUUCCUGUUGCCCUCCUACUGUAGUUGCUCAUAAAAUCUCCAAUGAUGUAAGGGCUAGACUUUUGUCCAUUGCUAAUUUGCCUAGUGGUCUACAUUCUGGACAAUUAAAAGUACAAUGGAACAUUGCUUAG